UUUGCCUUCGAAACGCGUACGACGUGUUUACGAACGUCGCUCUCGCUCUUUAUGUAUUCAAUCGUCUAAAAGUAUAUCGAUAACAGUAUACCAAUAAUCAUUUAUUACUGUACUUCGGAAAAUUUACACAAAUAUAUACAUAUAUAUAUAUAUAUAUAUACGUAUAUAUAUUAAAAAAUUAAUAUCUAUCAGCGUUAUUGAUAUCAGUGAAGAUUCUUCCGCAACGAAUGAUCAGAUAAUCUUUCCCAAAAAAAUCGUUUCGAUGCGACUGGUUGUGUGUCAUUUUGCGACAACAGUGAUCGGAGUAGAAUGUUGGAAUAAAAACGGAUAUCUCAAUGAUAUAAAAUUAGUUCGCGAAGCGUGUGCAAAUUUACCGUAGGCCUUUUUGCGGUAAUGUGCUGAGUAAAACAACGUCCAGUGAGUCUUCACUAUCAAUGAAGACCAUGAUUACUAAAACCUCUUGUUGUUUUUUUACUCAAACCGGACGCGUGAUCUGAUCUAUCUUUAUGCCGUUAGAGAAGUGUUAUAGAUGAGAGAAGGAGCUAACAAGAGAGUUAAAAGAGGAGGCUAUAGAACAUAGGGAUUGUCGUCGUCGCACAGCAUCAUACCACACCCACACUCACGGUACUGAAUAUGAUGUCUCCAACUUGAAAGCCAGCGAUCCGCGUGAGUGUGAUAAAUCAUUUCUCGCCUAUAACAUGCUUAACCGACGACAUUGUGAAAAGAACUUUUCUUGUUCAUUGAACCGCAAUGCAAGUAAUUGAAAUUCGUAUUUACGGCUGCUGAAAAUCUACCACUACGGUAAACGGCGUUAUAAGCUUGUGUACUGUGUCGAACAUUUUCGCAUUAUUAUAAAAAAGAAACAUCGAUUGUUCGUUAGAUCGUCCUGAAACGGAAAUACAAACAUACGUAGUUUUUUGCUAUAAUUACAAAAAUAGUGCAGAAAAGCAAACUGAUACUGUGAUUCUAGUUAUUUAAAAAGUGGAAUAUUAUAAAAAUCAUUAAAAACAAAGGAUAUACACAAUUUCGAAAAGUUGAAAGUCAUAUUGAGUGAGUAAAGUAAAGGCCAUUGUGUGCGCGUGUUUUUGUCCAUAAAAAUCCCAGAUUUUUUGAAAUCUCGUGAGAAAAAUUGGUGCAAUUGUGCAGAUGUAGAAGUUAACAUGAUUUUGUUAAUCUUAAUUUAAACCGUCAAAAGUUUUUUCACCGAUGUUUCUGACCAAAGAAAUCUGCUAUUCCUUAUGAUUUACCAAGAGCGAUAUCGGUAUUAUAAAAAGCACAAAAAUAAAUAAGCUAAAGAAUAGCAACUGGUAGCGCUUUGCGAAUUGGUUACUAAAUCAGAGACAUUUGUGAAGUGAUUGUGUGUUUUAGUGAAGAAACAUCUCUGUAGCGGCAGGAAUUAGGAUUGACGGUCGUUCGUGUAAAGAUUUGAUGGCGCAGCCUAGGUAUGAUGAUGGCCUACAUGGCUACGGAAUGGACGGUAGCGCAGCUGCUAUGUAUGACCCACACGCUGGUCACAGGCCACCAGGGUUAUCAGGAUUACCUCCUCAUCAUUCACCUCACAUGAAUCAUGCUGCGGCUGCAUCAGUCGGCAUUCAUGGUUAUCAUGGAACCUCUAGUCAUGUAUCACCAGCCACAAGUCACAUGGGUGCAGUGCAGCCAGAUGUGCAUAAACGUGAUAAAGAAGCUAUUUAUGGACACCCGUUAUUCCCUCUACUGGCACUAAUCUUUGAAAAAUGUGAGCUUGCAACGUGUACACCUCGAGAACCAGGUGUAGCGGGUGGUGAUGUGUGUUCCUCUGAUUCUUUUAGUGAAGAUGUGGCAGUCUUCAGCAAACAGAUACGACAAGAAAAACCCUUUUAUGUGGCGGAUCCCGAAGUAGACUCACUUAUGGUGCAGGCUAUUCAAGUACUACGGUUCCACCUCCUAGAACUUGAAAAAGUGCACGAAUUAUGCGAUAAUUUCUGCCAUCGAUAUAUUUCAUGUUUAAAGGGUAAAAUGCCAAUAGAUUUAGUGAUCGACGAACGGGACACCACCAAACCACCAGAAUUAGGUGGUGCCAAUGGAGAGGGUAGAAGUAAUGCAGAUUCAACAUCACAUACAGAUGGAGCUAGCACACCAGACGUUAGACCACCGAGCUCAUCGAUAUCGUACACUGGAAUCGUGAAUGAUGACGUACGAUCACCAGGGUCUGGAAGUACACCAGGACCUUUAUCAACGCAACCUCCCCCCGGUCACGACACGCCCGAUCCUGGUGAAAAUAGUGAUUUUUUGGAAAAAUCGACCCCGUUUCCAAAAAGAAGAAUUUUUUUAAUCGAUCGUUCAAGGACACCACAGAUGGUAAGUUCGUUCAAAAAUAAAUCAAUAGUAAUAUUAACACAAAGUUAUUCACCACAAUUCCUAGGCAAGUAUUGCAAUUCAUUACAUUCUAUUUAAACUUUGGACUUUAAA